AUGGAUCCCAUAUUCAUCCAAGUCGAUGUGCACUUCCAAGGAAUCUUAUCCAAAUACCCCAUACGCUACACCCGCGGGAUUACUCAGAGGUUUUCAAACAUCAAUUUUGCAGGCAUGGAUAAGAAUGGGUGUUAUGAGUUUACCGAAAGGUUCACUGGAGAAAAGUGUGAGGAGCUCUAUUACUACCAACCAGAUAUUGAUUUUCCCAAAGGAUUAAUUAAGGAAUUUGAGACAUGGGCAUUGGAUGGGGAUGAGGAUGAAGAUGAGGAUGACCCUGGGGAUGAGGAUGUGGAUGUUGAUGACGAUGAGGAUGACCUUAGCAACCUUCAUAUUUUCAAAAAGAAUAACGGGCCUGAUAUCGACAUGGAUGAGGAUACAUGUUUGGGUAAGCCUUUGGAAGAAGCCAUAGAUGACAAUGAAGAUGUUUAUCAUGAUUUGCCAAAUAUUUUCAAUGACAAUCCACACUGGAAGGAGUAG